CGCCGUCGACCUGGCCAAGCCCGUCCUGAACGAGCUGGUGUCGGGGCCCCAGGCGCCCCAGGCCCCACAGGCGCCCUCGCUGGAGCAGGCGGUCAAGGCCGCCGAGGCCACGCCGCAGCCCACUAGUGCACCUGGUGACAGCCACAGUACAACGCCGCAGCCCACCAGGCUCGCGGCAGCAGGGAAUAAAUUACCACGGCCGACGGAGAAGACACCCGCCGAGCGCGGUCCUCGGCUGGUGAGCACGGAGCAAGAUGCCAACUCGCUGGCCACUCGGCCUCGCACGCACCGCCAGGACGCCGUCGGAGGGGAGGCCGAGGACGCGGACCCCGCGGGGGGCAUGACCAAACGUCCGCGCGUCCGUAUUUCGGUGCGCCGCGGCGUCAAACCCAACGCUACCUCGAGUGCCCCGACGCAGCUCCCCGCCGCCCCCGCCGCCCCCGCUGCGCCUGCGUCGCCCCCGCCCACCAAGGAGGCGGACUGGAAGCCCUUCGCCGUGGAGGACAACGCGCUGCUGACGACGGAGCCGCCCGCCCCCGCUGCCGCGGCCAAGCCCGGACCGCCGCCACCCACAGUGGCCUCGGCGCAGCCGCAAGAGCGCCCCGCCGGCAAGGAGGUCGGGGAGAUGAUGGAGCUGAGCUCGGUGUCGCCGCUGCAGCGUUCCAGGUUGUCGACGCUGCGGUGGCGACACCCGGAGCGGGACGACGGCCCCACCGAGCCGCCGCGAAGGCUGCGGCACCGGGAGACACCGUGGGAGGCCGGCGCCACCACCACACACAGGCCGCACUCCAAGCGCGGGUCCGUCCGGUAUGGUGCUAGCGCUGCGACCCCUGCGGCCUCGACUUCCACGUCGACAUCCACGUCGACCUCCACGACGGGUGCCACGCCCACCAAGUCGUUGGACGAGGACAUGCGCGUCCCCGAGACGGCCUACGCGUGGUCCUUGGCGGCCAUGCGCGAGCCAGGCUCCCCGGGGCCCUCGGGGGCCGCCAUGCCGGAGGAGGCCCCGCAGGGGGUCGUUCCCAUUGCGGGCCCGUCGUUAACCACAGAGUCGCCAACCAUCGUCAUCGAGGUGUCCACCCUGCCAGACGUGACUCCCGCUCACGCGCACGCCAUCCACACGGUGCACGCGGUGCCCGCCAAGGCCGAGGCCGAGGAGUUCAGCAAGGACCGGCGGCCGGCGCCGCAGACGCAGCCCGACAAGAUGAGCAACAUGAUGCUGGACUCUGAGCCCCACCUGCCGCUGGAGAGCGUGUUCUCGACCAGCCGGCCCGCACCGCGGCCGCAGAGCAAGCCGCCACUGCCCGCAGCGCCCGCCACACCCGCCGCGCCCACCACGCCCGCCACCAACAACACGGGAGAGAACCUGGUGGUGCAGCCGCUGCCAGAAGACGUGAUCGUGGAGGUGGAGCCGUCGCGCGCUCCGACGCGAACCCCAGCCUCCACGCCGCCAAGCCCCGCGCACAUCGCACACAACGCGGUGCAGGCCUCAGACGACGAGGAGGAGGACGAUGACGAGCCAACCAACCCGUCCAACAUCCACGUCAUCGACCCACCCGACCUGGCCACGCCAGCAAUGGGCCCAGCCCCCGCCGCGCCUGCAGCCCCCUCGUCGACGUCAACCACGUCCACCACUAGCGGCCGGCCCGACCUCUGGCGCCCAGUGCAGCCAGUGCAGCCAGUGCAGCCGGCAGUGCCGACGCCAGGCACCCCCGCGGGGCCGGGGAUGGUGGAGUACUUCACUAUCGCGCCGUCGGCCAGCGCGCCCAGUGCACCCAGCGCACCCAGCGGCUCGACCUCGGACUCGGCCUCGGGCCCCGCGAGUGGUUCUGGCCCGGCGAGUACAACGUCGAUGGGCAGCGCGCCAACGGCCGAGGCCUCGCCCAGUGGCGCAGCUCCAAGCGCGGGCGCCGACCAGGACUUGGACGAAGACGUGAUUCCAUCGGCCGCCGCCCCGACCCCGCUGCCAGAGGACACGGUGCCGUCCACGCUGCCGCCCGACGACGCGGCGGAGGAGGAGGAGCGCGAGGAGGACGCGGUGCUGGGCCCCGUGCUCGUACCCACGACGCGCGGCAGGCCGAACACCACGCCGGCGGCCGCCGUGACCGAGGAAGACGACCCCGUCGACAUGUCGAAGCGGCAGCCACCCGUUGCCACCGUCACUCCGGAAGACGCGUCUCCCCCGGCCAGGGUGCCGAUCGGCGGCGACGUCCAGGACAAGACCACGGCGUCGCCAACACUCGCUGAGCCUACCGCGCCGUCGGUGGACACCUCCGCGGUAACGGCGGCGUCCCCGGCUCCCACGACGCGCACCGCGCCACCGCCCCCACCGCCCACGCUAGUGCCCACCGCCCCCGCCACGCCGCCCGCAUCGCCGGCCGCGCCUGAGACGACGCCAUCGCCAACUGAAGCCGCCGCGACGACCAUUGUCUCCCAGCCUCCGGCGUCGCCGUCGUCCCCACCAUCACCAACACCAACAACGCCGACCACCCCGACGGCGUCCUCUCCAACGCCGACGCCAAACGUCGGGGAGGUGCACGGCAGUGACGGCGAUAUCUCGGAGCCCUUCGAUGACACCGGGACACCGCUGCCGGAAGAACCAGUGCCCGAAAUCACCCCUACCCCCACCCCCGAGCCGCCACCCGCAUACCUGCGUCUCGUCAUGGAGUCCGACUGGGGGCGCUUCUGCCAGGAGGUGGAGGCCUUCAAGGACGCCGCUGCCUUCCUCAUGACCAACGGCACGGGCAUGAAGGUACACGCCUCGCAGGUAGUGCUGCUCAACACGGGCGUCUCCUGCUCCGAGGCCGCCGACGAGGCUCGCGCCGAGGACACGACCACCACGGAGUCGCCCAGCGCCAGCGCCAACCCUAUGAGCAACAUGAUCAUCAUCCAGAUGUACGUCGCCGACACCGCGCUCCACUUCAACCGCAACCUCACCGAGGACUUCCUCCGUUUCUGGGGCUGCAGGGGGCUGGAGUACCCGAUCCGCAAGGUGGACCUGGUGCUGCAGCCUCUGGUCGGCGCGGACGGCGGCUCGGGACAGGGCAGUGGUGCGGGGGUCAUCGCCGCCAUCGCCAUCUCCUGCGUGGCCGCCGCCUGCCUGCUCGUCCUCGCCGCGCUCCUGCUCAUCAUGCGCAAGCGGCAGAAGAGCCUGAGCUACGGGCAGCGCUGCACGCCGGUGUCGCUGGACGCCUACAGCCUGGACAGCGUCUCGGUGUGCAACAGCAGCAGCGUGCGCCGCAAGGGCGCGGGGGUGGGGGCGCGCGCCUCGAAGCGCUCGUACGGCAACCCCGCUUUCGCCGACCCGGCUGCGCCGUCGCACCCCCUCACCUUCCCGGCGCUGUCCAACGUGAGCUCGGACCGCAGCGCCCUGGAGGCCGAGUUCUCCAACAUCCCGCAGGUGGCGCCCAAGGCCGACGAGCUGCCGGACGGCGCCGACACCCGCAACCGCUACGCCAACGUGAUCCCCCUGCCCGAGACCAGGGUGACGCUCAGCUGCAAGGAUGGCGACCCGCUGUCCCAGUACAUCAACGCCAACUACGUCCGCGGGCCCAAGAACGCCGAGAAGUUCUACAUCGCGUGCCAGGCGCCGCUCGCCACUACCGUGCACGACUUCUGGCGGAUGGUGUGGGAGACGCAGGCCAAGGUCAUCCUCAUGCUGACGGACCUCGUGGAAGACGGCGUGGAAAAAUGUGCCGACUACCUGCCGCCGUCAGAAGUGACCGACUGCCACCGCCUGUUCGGGGACUUCCAGGUCACGCUGAAGAAGCGAGAAGUGAAAGACAAAUACGUGGUCUCGAGCAUCCAGCUCAAGAACAUGGAGACGAACCUCUGGCGCGAGGCCACGCACAUGUGGUACAUGGGCUGGCCCAGCAGGGGCGUCCCCGACGACCCCAGCACCAUCAUCGCCUUCCUGAUCGAGGCGCGCGCCUUCAUGCGCAACCCCAGCGCGGCGGCGGCGGGCGCCCGGCAGGCCCCCAGGGCGGCGCCGCACGUUGUGCACUGCAGCCCCGGCACGGGCCGCACCGGCACCGUCCUCGCCAUCGACCUGUGCAUCCGGGAGUUCGAGACGACGCGCCAGGUCGACAUCCCGCGCACAGUGUACCGGCUGCGCAAGGACCGCGCGGGCAGCGUGCAGACCAAGGAGCAGUACAUGUUCGUCUACAAGGCCCUGAAUCUCUACGCGACCAAGCUGACGGGGGGAGCCCUGGACUCGAUAUGAAGGAUCGCGACUAGUCCACUGUAGUAGAGUUGCCAACACAGCUAGCAAGUCAUGAACGGGAUGAAGAAGGAACAAAGGAGAUGGUGAUGUCUUUGGCAAGAGAAUACAUGUAGUUGCUUUUUUUUCAGCGGUCGGGUACUGCUUUUAACUUCUUUUUAUUCUGUUGAGAAAUAUUACAGCACUGAUACCAACUAGGUUUAAGUCGGAGGGCAAAGCUUUAGUUUGAAAGAAAGGUAAGCCUUAUCCAACAAUGUUGUAUUCCAAUGUACAUUCCAUGACAGAAACUAGAAUUUUUACUCUUUUUUAACCCAUAAUUUCCUUGUGUUUUUUCUUUAUUUUUUUGUAUUCCUUGUUAUGGCAUCUGAAAAUGCACUUAAAGAUUUUUUUCAAUACCUGGAAAACGAAUCUGUGACAGAAUGAAAAUUGGCUGUGUGGUGUUUUAUCUAUGUUGUGUUGGUUCAUUGUAUUUGAUAAAAUACUCUAUUAUAUUUGUUACUUUUUUUGUUAAAGGGAAUGACUCCAUGUAAGGCAAUGAGGAUAAGUUUUGUUGCUCAUCCUUGAAAAUGUUGAGAGAAGUUGUUAUUGUGUGUGAAACAAAUGGGCAAGACACAAAUAGCUCAAUCUAGCUGAACUGGAAGACCCUGUAGUCAUGUGAUAUUAUGUGUAUGACUUUUUUUAUGAUGUGUAAAACCUAUACAUAGACAAUUUGUCUUUUGUAGCCGUGAUAUUAAUACAGAAAUUUGUAUUUGCUUUAGAAAAUUUUGACAAAUUAUAUUUUUAAUUUAUAUAGAGAAAUUCUACGCACUGAACUUAGUCAAUGAUUUGUAUUGAAAUGAGUGUAUGUGAAUGUAGAGGAGAUGACAUAUUUUAAGUGGAAAGAUUAGAACUUCAACUUCUUGACAGGCCUGAUUGUACAAUGUAUAAAAAAGAUGCAUCACUGGCAUUUCAAACGUACGUAAAUAGGUUCAAAAUAUUCAUGAAACCUCUUUGAUCGCAUUAGUCCUGAUAUGUUAGAGUUAUGGUUUCUUAAUUAAUGAGAUUACAAAUGACUGCAAAGUUGAUCUCUUCAUAAACUAGGACUUGCAGUUGAUUGAUUUUAGCUCUGAGGUGACUCCUAUGUUCUGAUGGAAAAUAUGAUUUGAGGUAAUCUAGGUUUGAACUUAUGCAGUGAACUUACUAGAGCACCAUUGACGUGAUGAGCAUCACAUUUGACUAAACCGUAGCACAGAACCAAAAGAUUUUCCGAGCUGGUUCAAAAGAAUCAUUAUUCUAUUUAGAAUAAUUUAGAGGUAGAAAAAAAAGUCUUCCUUAAAGAUUGUACUAAGAUUUUUAGUUUAAAUAUUGAAAAUAUUUAUAUGCAUGUAAAUCUUUUUGAUGAGUCAGACAUGGUACGUAGUAUUUUAAUUCCAAAGCAGAAAAUGUUUCUCUCUAUUAAGAAUGUGUUUGUACAUCCUUUUUCCAAAACUACAACUUGCAUAGUUUGGAUCAUGGAUUUGUGCUUGUAGGCCUACUUCAUCAUAAUUAAUCCCAUUAUAUGUAUGUUACCAUAGCAUAAAUGCUAAGUGCACUGGAAGUCAGCACCCAAAGAUUACUAUCCUUUGUGUUUUGAAUUUUGAUUUAUUCAUUAGACAGUUUGGCAAAAGCACGAAAGGUUUGAGGGUUCUUGUGAAUCGCACUCUCUAUUGACCUGCAGGGCACAUUUGAUGCUUCUGUAAAAUGGAACUAGAUCUUUGUGAGUUAAUGACAUGACAAUUUUUUAAAGUUCCUGUUGUAUAAUAAUAAGUAUCUCAUAAACAAAUACUCUUCACAAAUUACAAAUCAUAAGAAAAAUAAAUUUUUAUAGUCCUGUUGAUAGAAUGUCAAAUUAAAAAUAUGUUUUAAUUAAGCAAAGUGCUACUUGCGAAAUUUUUACUUGUACUGUUUGCAGCUAGAUUUAUCUUAGGUAGUUCAACACUUUCAUUUCAUAAAUUAGCGAAGGAGGACGUUCUAAUCUUUUCCCAGAAUGAGUCCCCUACAUAGUGUCAGUUUAAAUUGACAAAGCUGAACAUUUCUGUAGGAAAUACUAAAGCACACCUAAUCAGAUCACUGAGCGCAAUUUUUUAAUGUUAAAUUAUGGAAAAAUAUGAGGGACCAUUACAGAAACUGCAAAGCAGUACAGUAGGCGCAAGCUCAUGGUAGUUAUUUAUUUAUUACUCAUUAACCAGCUCAAUCCCAAUAGAGCGUACCAAGCACUGGAGUUGUACUUCUGUCUUGAAUACAAAUGUAUAAUCUAUUUUGUAAAUGUGUAUUUUGUGUGAAAUAUAAGGAGCAAUUACAGAAA